AUGGAGAGUGGUCGAAUACAAGAUUCGUUCGUGACGGCUCUGGACUCGCACAAAGAUUUCCCUGCCUCGUCGGCCAGAUUGAAUGGGAAAUCUGCUUGGUGUUCUGAUUAUCCCGAUAGCCUAUUGGAACCUUUGUACCUUCAAAUCGACAUGAAGAGAAUUACGACGAUAUCUGCAAUCGCAACACAAGGUUUCUACCCUCCAGUGGAAUUAAUGUCUCUUCGAAUGGGAAGAGUUAGCAAAUAUCAACUGAAGUACAGUAUAGACGGUGUUUCUUGGCAGCUUUAUAAAAACAGCGACAAUGCUACAAUUUUAUUUGGGAAUAAAAAACGAAACGGUACUGUGCUUAAUGUGCUUACACCGGAAAUCACCGCACGUUUUCUACGCGUGUACCCAUCCAGUUACUUUUCCUUCGUUUGCAUGAGGCUAGAAGUGUAUGGUUGUUCGUUCGGUUGUGGCGGCGCUUUGGCCCAAGAACCUGGAAACAUCGUGACAGAGGGUACGCCGACGGAAGAUCAAGAUUGUCUGUGGUCGGUGAUCUUACCAAACACUUCACAAAUACAUUUUGAUUUUAUUAAUUUCAACAUUCCUUGUAGUAAUGGAUUAGUGGAGUUCAGAGAUGGUGGAAUGCCUUAUGCAACUGCACCCUUAUUGGUCGAGUAUUGUGGUUACGAAAGCAGCCUUCCUCCCCCAGUCAGUUCUAACAGUAGUAGGUUAUGGGUACGAUACAAGUCUAAUUCCUCAGAUCCUCAGGUUGGCUUUUAUGCAGUGUACUUCCCAGGUUGCGAGGAACAAUUACAAGGAAGUAAUGGUGAUGUCAAGUCACCUAAUUUUCCUAAAGAAUAUUUUCACAAUUCUAAAUGUACAUGGACCAUCUCUGUGCCGGAAGGAAAAUCUGUGAAAUUACUUUUUUUGGAUUUUAAAGUCGAGGGAGACCUAAAUAGGCAGAGAUGCCCCCAUGAUCAUCUGACAAUAUGGAAUGGCACUGAUUCGAAUGCAACAAUCAUUGGAAAGUUCUGCAAUAGCAAACCACCCCCUUCAGUUAUCUGUAGCUCAGGGAAUACCCUUCGCCUGAAAUUCCACAGUGAUGAUGCAAUAGCUUGGACAGGAUUUCAUAUCAGGUAUCAAGCUGCUGAGCCGUCAGCAUAUUGUUCUGAAAUUUCUUCAUCUGUUGUCAUGCCAACAUCAUCGCGGUCAUCUAUGUCCCAUAUGGCCCUCACUCACACGCCAUAUUUAACCACACAGCAUGCAUUGUUUCCUGCAAGUGGUUAUCUUGCAGAGUUAACACCAACAUUUGUAAGCUUAUCAACCUCAAUGGCUUUAAAUGGAACAUUUGGCUUUUCUGGAACUACCAUAAUUGGAGAAAUGCAUGCUGCAGCAAGAGGCAAACAAGAUGAUGAGGAUGAGGAUGACAGCCUGUUGACUGUGGUUGUUCUUUCAGUGUUAGCUUUUCUUGUCAUUUGCAUGAUUUUGGCAAGUAUGGUGCCCUGUGCAAAACGUCACAUUGAAAAGCGAAAGCAGGAGAAAGAAAUGAACUUGGUGUUUGCUGCUAGUUCAAGUAUUCCUGAAACAAACAGCAAAGAGACAUUUGAAGUUGUAGACAACAAUACAUUGCCAGUCCCAGAGAUUGUAAUGUGUGAAGGAUCCUCCUGUGAGGAAAUCCUUCCCCUGGCUGGAGUAGCAGAGAGUGUCUCUCUCUAUGAAACUCCUUCGGGGGAAGAAACUACUGCUAAAAUUGAUACAGGGGAAGUAAGUUGACCUCUAAAGCAGGAGGUGGCAUAGAGCAGAUGAAAGAUGGACUGAAUGACUUAGGGGAUGAGUUUGAUGAGAACUCCUCCAUUAAUCUUGAUGGUGCUGAAACAGAGAUGGAUUGCUUAAAGAUGUCCUAUGAGGAUCUAGGCAGUAGUUUUGCCUCUGAAAUGCAAGCAAUGUUGAGUCAUUUUGUAGAAAGUGAUGAUCAACCAGCUCAGAAUGAAAGACAUUCAUCAAAUCCAAAAACUUCCUCCCAGGACUGUGAUCAUGAAACAGGAAAGACAAAUAUGAAUGGCAUGGAAGCUAAGGAUAUUGGUAACAUUCCUCACAGCACAAUUCAAGAUGAUAACAGGUCAAACCUAUCAACUGAGGAGGCACCUUCAUCCUCCAUCUCCAGUCAGGAGGAGGAAAGACAAAGCUUACUUAAUGGGGAUGAGGCAGCUGAUGAAAAUGAAACAUGGGAAAUGCAGCCUAUUCAUACUGAUGGUCACAGUUGGAGGAAAGCAGCCAAAGAUGGAGUUUCAGUAUCCUGCAAAGACAAGAAAGACUCUGGCUGUGCUUCAAGCAGUGAGAACCUGCAUUCUGUUGAAAGAUGUCUCCUUGAUGCUGGUGAUACAGAGACUAUUGUUUAG